AUGAAUCUCAUUAAUAUUGCUGCUGCUCUCGCCCUCGCCAGUACCGUCUGUGGCGCAAUCAUUCCAGAGGGCGCCUUGGGUUCAACGAUAGGAUCCGUUUCAAAAAUCGAGCAUACUGUGGCUUCGCUUCCUGUUAUUACUAUGGAUAAACUUCACGGCACUGUCUCGGAGAACACUUCCGCAGAGGACGCCGAUACUGCCGCAGCAGACGACACCACAACGGAGGUUUACGAUUCGAUUUAG